UUGACCUCGGCGUUUUUGAGCUCGAGACACGUCAAUUUUUUUUGAUGCGAAUACUUAUGAAGCAUUUCAUAAAUCUCCUUGUUGUCGGAUGUUUAAUAUUUUGUUUGUAAUUGCGGUUAGCGCUUGUUAAAAUGUGCUUUUCACUAUCCGGCUAUCAAGCUUACUGAUACGUUGACGUCGGACUUGACUGAAAUAUUAAAACAAUCGCCAUGCCUUGUUUUUCUUUGCCGGAUAUGCCAUAUUUCCUCCGCGCUCUGUCCAUUUAGCAUGGUUUGCUCUUUAGUGUACUAUUUUUUACUCACUGGUUGAAAUGAUAUCUAAACGGAUUGCACGGAACGUUUUUCACYCUUUUGGAGAAGACAAGAAGCUCUCUGAAAGAAGGUAUUGUUUGUCAAUCACUUGAGUAGCCACCCAAUGAGGAGGCAUUGUCGAAGCUAUUAAUAAAACUCACAAUAAUAGCUAAACAACGAUUCUUGACAAUCGACAUGUCAUCACUUCAAGGCGAAAUCUUCCUCAAAAACCCGACAAUUUUGGCACGUUUUGUGUCAGAACUAAAGCUGUGAUAGAGUUCACACAAAACCUGGAUAACCAGAGGUUUCUGAGUGCGAAAUAAAGUCGAAAAACCUCGCAAGAAAUUACGUUACCGUAGCUGAGAGACUAGUUUGCGGUAAGUAUGUGAUUGACAGAACGUACAGGCAGCGCGCGAUGUGAUUGGCUCAUUAGUGAAAACCAAUCAAGUGUCGUACAUGUGUGUCGCUUCACAAUGGCUCAAGUUGGCUUUUGUCUUCAUCAAAGUAAGAAGCAAGACUCGAAGGGUGCUAAUAUUCACUGAAUUCCUGCUUUUACUUUCCACUUGGCGAUACUCCUACUGUCCAUAGGUCUUCUUUAAUACCCAAAGGCUAUGCAAGAGGAUUUUACAUUGAGAAUGGUGUGAAAAUACACCGGUUUUUUUUCUGCGGAAGCUGUCGAAGUCUGAUCUUUGGUGACUACCAACAGAGUCCAUUAUUACGUGAUGUAAAGUGAAAAAAUGAAGAAAACCAAAAGCCUAAAACCGCUGCAUGUACUAGCUUCCCAAUUACAGUAAGUCAUAAUUUGAUGUCUACUGAGUAGCAGUACAGAAAAAGGACUGUUCRAAAUAUGGAUGAGUAUCCCAUAGUUGGAGACUACAGCAAUAAACCAAUCAAUGAUUUGGACGAUGGCUUUUUUUAUGGAACAGCGACGGCAUCUCAACAUCAGCCGGAUGGACAUCAGCUUGUGCCCUACAGUUCAGGAAUGGCCCUUAGUAUGGAGAGACAUAUCCAACAGACUAAUGAGCGCCUGGUUUGCAUCAAAACUCAUCUAUCUUCACCUCAAGGAUUCCAGACAGCAGCACGGGAGUUACUAGAAUGGUGUGGGGAUGUGAGGGCCUUCCAGAGACCAUUUGAAAACAACCUUAUGGGUUGCCUAACGGUUGUUAGUAAUGUUGCUGGUACUGCUGGCUAUGAUCUUGAUCUUGGGUAUCGACUUCUAGCUGUAUGUGCGGCACAUAGAGACAAGUUCACCCCCAAGUCAGCAAGUAUGUUAUCGGUAUGGUCUGAAGAAUUAGGAAGAUUAUUAUUACUACGGCAUCAAAAGCAAAGAAACGAUUCUCAGAAAUCUGGACCAUAUCCACCUCAAAUGGGGCCUAAGGGUAUGCCYCCAAUGAAUGCAAUGAACCCCAUGGGACCAGGUGCUGAUACAGGUACAGUAAUGUGGCCACAGACAACCCAGCAGCAAGCAGCAUUAUCAGUUGUUACUACAGUAUGGGGAGUGACCUCAUCAUUGACAAAUUCAAUGACGCAUGACUCAAUGAUGCCCAAUGUACCAACCACUAAUACUGUUAACUCAGUAACCCAUCCCUUCCCAACAACCUCUGCAAACCCCACUAAGCAAUAUGGAGCUCAAGGAGGGUACCCACAAAGAAGGAUGAUGCCAGAUACAACCUCGUCGUCUUACAUGCAAAGACAGCAUAGUUUUCCUGGGGGACCAAGUCAAAAUGUACACCAAAACAAUGGACCAUAUCCUGCAGGGCCUUAUCCACACCAGCAGGCGAAUGCCCCACCAAAUGCAUCACCAUUCCCAGCAACUCCUGCUAAUCCAGCUGCAGCUGCCGCAGCUGCUGCCGUUGCUGCUGCUGCUGCAACAGCCACUGCUACAGCAACAGCCACUGCAACRGCAGCUUUAACUGACCAGCCAGAAAAUAUGGGAUAUGGUUUCCCACCUGGACAGGGACCACCAAGUCAGUACCCCAAUAAUAAUCAAAAUAGCCACCCACAACACCCUCCACCACCCUACCAACGCAGCCAAAGUUUUCCAAGCUAUCAGCAAGAUCAAUUUGGUAUGCAACAACAUCCAUCGCAGCCAAACCAACCACCUAAUAACCCAAUGAUGAAAGGAGGUCAACAUCCUAUGAAUAGACAGCAAUAUCUACAUGAAUUUAUGAUGAAAAAACAGAUGCAAUUACAGCAAUAUAAACACCAACAACAGCARCAACAACARCAACAUGGACARUAUGGUCCUCCUUCACAAUUUGGACCUCAGACAAAGCAACAAGGUUACCCUAUGCAACAACCAGGCUACCAAUCUCAGAAUGGAUAYCAACARCAACCCACCCCUCCCCCACCAUAUACACCAACAAUGAAUCCAAUAUCAGGACCUGUCAAUCAACCAAAUGGAUCCAAUCAAAUGGGGAUGAUGGGUGGCAUGCCACCUAACAGUGGAAUGGGAAUGAACCAAGGGCCAAACAUGAACCCUAUGGGAAUGUACAGCCAACCAGGCCCUCCAUCAUCAAGGGCGGGGCCAAGACGGCGAAAAAAUGGGGCACCUUUUGCACCAACUCCGUCCAUUGCCAAUGCCAUGUCACCACCUGGGGGUCCUAUGACACCUGGGGGUCCUAUGACACCUGGAGGUCCAAUGACGCCUGGUGGUCCAAUGACGCCUGGUGGUCCAAUGACGCCUGGUGGUCCAAUGACGCCAGGGUCAAUGUCCAGUCCAUAUAUGAGUAUAUCAGAAGGGAGUGGCCCAGUAUUUAAUUAUAAUAAAACAGGAAUACAGCCGAUGGCUCCAUCACCACCUGUUAUGGAAGAUGUUAAACCUAGAUUAAGACCUCCUCAAAAUGAUGUCAUCAGAUUAACAUUUCCAGUAAGAGAUGGUAUCGUACUACCAGCCUUCAGACUGGAGCAUAAUCUAGCCGUCAGUAAUCAUGUYUUCCAUUUACGAGAUUCUGUACAUCAAACAUUAAUGCAAAGACCGGAUUUGGAGCUUCAAUUUAAGUGUUAUCAUCAUGAAGAUAAACAAACAAAUACUAACUGGCCAGUUUCUGUAGCGGUCAGUGUUAAUGCAACUCCAUUACAAAUAGAAAGAGGUGAAAAUAAAACUGCCCAUAAACCAUUACAUCUAAAGGGUGUAUGUAAACCAGGCAGAAAUACAAUACAAAUCACAGUGACUGCUUGCUGUUGUUCUCAUUUAUUCGUACUUCAACUUGUUCAUCGUCCAUCUGUCAGUUCUGUAUUACAAAGUCUUCUUAGAAAACGGCUUCUCCCAGCUGAACACUGUAUCAAUAAAGUUAAAAAGAACUUUGCUCUCUGCUCCACUACGAGUAGUAGCAGUGACGAUGGUGUAGAACAAACAGCUAUAAAAGUGUCCCUAAAAUGUCCAAUUACAUUUAGACGGAUAACGCUACCAGCAAGAGGCAAUGAAUGUAAACAUAUACAGUGUUUUGAUUUAGAGUCAUACUUAAGACUCAACUGUGAAAGAGGGAGUUGGAAAUGUCCAGUUUGCAAUAAAACCGCUUUACUUGAAGGAUUAGAAGUUGAUCAGUUUGUAUGGGGAAUUCUCACAUCUUUAGCAUCGUCUGAAGUAGAAGAAGUUACUAUUGAUCAUAAUAUACAGUGGAAUCCAGUUGCUGUCAAACAAGAGAUCAAAGAAGAAGACUGUCAAGGACCAGCAACUAAGAAACUYCGUCCUUCACCUCCUGACUCAUUACCUUUGAUGGGUCCAAACUCGCAGCAAUCCACAGGACAUUAUUCUCCUUAUUCGUCAACACAGCCUCCUUCWAAUAGAGGUGUUGGGACACCUACUCCGCCUGGACACACACCCACUGAUCCUAAAAAUGGAAAUAAUCAUGAUCAAGGGCCUAGUAGUAAUCCAGGAGAAUCAACCCAUAGUCCAAGCAACCAAAAUAAUCCAAAUACACCAUCAUCUUCUCAAUCUCCUGCUGCAAGUCUAAAUAAUCCGACAACACAUUCAACGACAGCUAACUCUCUYGACCAAACUGCUACGUCAACAUCCUCGUCAUUGUCUAAUAAUUGUGGUUCAGGGACAGAUAACUCAGCCCCUGAUCUCACUUCAGAAAACUUACCUGAUGAAUUUGAAUUUGAUCAGUCAAUAUUGGGCAGUAAUACAGGAGAUAAUGGUGAAGUUGAGGGUACACUUGAUGAUCUGCCAGAAAACCUGGAUCCAUCAGAGCUUUUUUCAUACUUAACUCCUUCUGAUCACAACGAAGACAUCUUGUCAAUGUUUGAUUAAUGCAUUCCUCGCCAUUAGGUAGAACACUAUCUUACUAAGUAUACUUCAAAUUGAAAAACAAAACACAUUAAAAAGGUAGACUAUAGGUUAAAGAUCUAUCAUCUAAACUCUUAAGUCUAUUGUCUCCAUUUUAAUUGUGGCAACGCUUCUUUAAUUUGAUGUAUACUACAAAUAACAAUUCAAUUGUCACACUUUUCAUUGAGCUCUUGUAACAAAAGCUUGUACAAGGUAGGACGUUGCUUCAAGAAAUUAAGAGUAUUGUAUAAAAUAAUCAAAGUAAUCCCUUAACCUUAAAUAUGAGUAGAUACAGUAAUUUACUAGCCAUCACAAAUUAUGAAUUCCUUGAAGAAGUGUACAAAAUGCAAAUUUUCAAAUCUCUACCCCUAAAUAGUCUGUGUACAUUGAUUCCCCACACCUCCUUCUGUAGGGAAAAAAAUUGCCCAACGCCCCCCCAACACGGGAGGGGUUGGGGAACUUAUGUACAAAGGCUAUCYCAAUAGAAAUAUUAUAGGCACACAUAUAUAUAUAUAUAUAGAUUCAAGUAGAGGGUUUUAUUUAUUUUUAUUUUAYGCACAUUAGAGCCAUUAUUAGAAGAACUGGUUUAGACACACUGUAGUAUUAACUUGUUUUAACAUGUUGGACUCACAUAGUGAUCACAUAUUGUUUUAUAUAAUUUCAUAACAAAAAUUUCCAAAGGAAGCUAUCUAAAAUCAAGAAAAAUAUCAACCCAAAUUUCUAAGCUUUUCUCACAUUCUUUCAAUAAUUGCGACAAUUUCUCAUUUUAAGAUUUCAGGAAAAUGAUUUUCUUUUUUUCCUUUUCAUUUUUUUUUCUCAGAGAAUUAUUUAACAAUACGUACCUUAUCUUUUUAAAUCUGUUGUUYUAAACAAUUUUCUGAGAAGUUCACUAAUAUCUGCAAACUAAGAAUGAUCAUUUUCCAUUUUCUCCUUUUGUUUCCUUGGAAUUUGGACUCUUUGGACCUCUUUAAAAGAACUUGACUUUUGAUCAAGUUAUUUUUUUGUAGCAGUAUUCAUAUUUUUUUAAAGUUGUUCACAACACAAAUUUUUCCCUUUUACUUAGUGUAACUUAGUAAAAUUAUCUUGGAAAUGCAUCUAAACCUUAUCAUGACAUCUAAACUGGAUUCAAUUUUAUAUGGUGAACAAUAGCUCUUUAUCUAUUAUCAAGUAUCGCUCCUUUAUAUAUCCGGCAAAAGCUCAAUGUUAGCAGGGUUUGAGUAUUCUGUAUAGAAAGCCCUCAUAGAUCGGCUUGCAUCAAUGAUGUGUUAUUAUUAUCCCAAUAUUUGGGAUCCAAAGUAAGUGCAAUAAUAUAUGCAUAUAAAUUAUAAUGAUGUUUAGCUUGGCUUUACUUUUAGCACUUUGAAAAGUAAUCAUAUGUAUAGAGAGAUUAAAAUAUCAGUUGCUGGUGCAUUUUUGCCUUAGUCGAAGGUCUAUUUGAUGCUCACUUAGAUUGCAGAUAUCAAGCAGUAUAUGAUAUGUUCGCUGUGGUAUCAGUUCAUUGUACACUGUCAAAUGACUUCAUUACGUCCUUACAUCAUCUUGAAAGUUCUAUCUCUGCCUUUGUAUCGAAGCAAGAUGACCAGUAUAUGUGUAAUAAUAAAAUCCUUAUUUUACACCAACAAUUGAUAAUUGUUGACAGAUACUUAUUCACAACUGUCUGCCAUUGUAUGGUCUCUGGUUGUCUUGUUUUAAUAUAAUGGCAUAGCUGCCUUUUAAGAUAACAGCUAGGGAACUSUGAAGAAAACUAUUUAGAUUAAGGUUUUACCUUUUUUUUUUACAAAGGAACACAUAUGCCUGUCAGGAUCUUAGCUCUCUUAAUCAAGAGCUAAGAAAACUAAGGCAAAAAUACAACAGCAAUAUAAUGAUUACUUGAGGGAAUGAGAAAUGGAAAUUUAUAUAUUAUAUUAUUUAGAUAGUUAUAGUCAGUGAAAACCACACAACAACUAGCUCAAAAUACUACUCUUCAAUGUUUAUUGGACACAAAAUUCUCCUURCCUAUCAWAUCCAUUUUUAUUGUUGGRARAAUUUCUAUGAUGAUCAACAWMGCACUCUGAAUAACAAUUGACUCCAAUUUUCACCAAAGUUUAAUUUAUUUUUGUAACUGGUUUUGAUUAUUUUUUGUUUGUCUUGUAAAUGCAUGUUAGACAUUGUAAUUUAGCUGAUAUUUUAACAARAGAUGAUUGAAAAGGGCAGUCUUUUUAGAUAUAAAAUAACAGUGUUUAAGUUAACUAUUUUUAUGAAAAAUCCUUAUGAUUUUAUUUCUUGGGUUAUUUUUUUGAUAACCUGACUGUAUUGCUUGUUAUAUCUUUACAUUAUAACUGCAUUUAAACAUAGUAAAUGAGAUAAAACAAAGGCACAAUCUACAAAUUUGUGAGAUUUUGUUUUAUUACCAUUUCAUAUUUUAAUGUAAACACUCUCAAUAACCCCCAUUAACAUAAUUAUAAUUAUUGCAAGUAAGAGAAACGUUAGGUGUCAAACAGAUAAAAAGUAUGAUUAUAAAGAUAAAUUUAUUUGAGAUUAAUAAGUAAAAUAUCGUAAUUUUUAUUUUCAAAAUUGUUAAUAAUAAGAUUCAUAGUAAAAUGUCAUGCAAGCAUAUUAAUAAUGUCCAUUCAUGCUUUCCUUUGUGAUUUUUAGUAACUUCGYUAUUUUGUUUUGCAUAUUGAUACCACAACCUCCAUAUCUUAAUUACACAUAUAAUAUUUAGAUUAUACCUUGGGCAUCUAGAUUUUACUUGAUAAAGUGUGUUACUGAUUCAUGGUUGGCAACUGAAAACCUUUCAAAAUCUUGAGACUCAUAAUUAACUUGUCAUUUCUAAUGAAGAAAAGGUGAGAACUCAGCUAACAAGCCAAAUUACUUUGCAACGGAACAAUUUGUCUGUAACAUGCUUCAUCGAGGCCUUUGGGAAAUCUUAUAUUUGAUUGAAAUUAAGASCUUAUAGGUUAAUAUUUAGAGCGUAAAACUAAUCUAAGCUGUAUAUAAGGUAGUCAGUCAAGUCAUCAAAGCCUGUAUAAAGUAUACUCAUCCAAACAUAACACUGCUUACACUCUGAAACUUUGGUGGAUUAGCUUGAAUGUGGGCUUUCAGUUCAUUUAGAGCUGAAAUAUUCAGUUAAAGGGCUAUUGAGGGAAACAUUUCAUAAAAAAUAACCUAUAACUUUGAAGCUGUKAAGUCAGUAUUUUUUAAUGAAAUGUUUUCAUCUUAAAAGCUCUUCACAGAUUAUUCUCUUCUCAACUUUCAAAGACCUGAAUGAGUUGUGCAUUAGAACAGWUUGUAUCAUUACUCAACAUUCAUAGAGAAAUUGUUCCUCUAUUAGUCGUUUUAUUUCUGCUCUAUAACAACUCAUUUCAAAUAUGACAACAUGGGGAUUAAGUAACAUACAGCAAGCAUAUAAAUUGCUGAGCAAUCGACACAUAAUAUAUAUAUAUAUAAUAUUGCCAGAAGCUAUACGCUGUGCAAAGCUGCCAUUUCUUUGUAAACAAAACAUUUAAUAUUACCAAAAGAUGGUUGAUCUAGAAYGGGGGAAUUUGAAGUAGUAGAUUUUGAAGUAUUUGUACAGUGUCUGUUGUAAACAAAUUUCAAAUAAAAGUCUAGUCAAUGUAGUAGAUAGAGCAUAUGUAUUCAGUUUUAUAAUGAAAUAAAGUUCAAAAAGUAAAAAUG